AUGACUACCGACCCCUAUGCAGUCCUCGGAAUACCUAACGAUGCCGCCACAGCCGCCAUCAGGAGUUCAUACAAGAAGCUAAUCCUGCAAUGCCAUCCCGACAAGGUGAAGGACGAGUCACUACGCGAGGAAAAGGCCAUUCAGUUCCAGAAGGUCCAGGAGGCCUACGAGCUCCUGAUCGACAGUCGCCGCAGGCGGAAAUACGACGAAGAACUGGUGAAGCAGGCCAAAGCAGCAGAAGAAGCAGCAGCUAAACCACCACCACCACCCCCACAACCACAGCCACAACCAAUGCAGACGCCCCACAUGGCCCAUGCCCACCCCCACUCAUCACAUCGGAGCGCCAGCGGACCCGGGCCAUCCCCAGGAAGUGCGGAGCGAGCAUCAGAGAGGACAGAUCGACCGAGGAGGGAGAGGAGUGGUACUAACCCGUCGCCAGAUGACAGACAGAAGGAGAAGGACCGGGAGGCGAGGCAUGCAAGGAAGCGAGCAGAAGGACGGGGGGAUAGAAAGUCGAGGGAAGAGUCCUCGUGGAGUCAGGAGGAGCGGAAUAUGAGGAAGGAGACGCAGGAAGAGCGUUAUGCGUGGAUAGAGCAAGAGGAGGCGAGGAAGUUUGAGGCAGCAGAGCGGGAGCGGUUAUUAAGAAGGGAGUAUGAGGAGGCUCAAAGGUAUCCACAGCCGCAACCACAGGCCCCACCACAGUCACAUUCGCGCCAUCCCGAUGAACAACCGACAAAGAAGGGAUACAAUAGAUACAACCCGACGGUUCCCCGCGAAAAUCAUCAUACGACCGACAAUACGAAAUUCCGAUCCCGAAAGGCUGAAGAGGAGAGGCUUGCCAAGGUCAAGGCGAAGAUGAGCAUGGCGGAUGAACCAAUCAGACCGCCUGUUUCAGAGGAGCGAGGGGAUCUUAGAGCAUCAGAAAAAGAGCAGGAAAGGCUACAGAGACAGGACAGAGAGCGCCGAGAAAGAGGGGGUAGAGAUCGGGAGCGAGAUCGUGGAUCCGAGGUCCCGCACACUCGCGAACGAAGGUCUUCAAAAACCCCACCAAUAUUACGCAGAGGAUCCUCUGUCACUUCAAGAUGCGACGAAGUCCCUUCGACUCCGAUGAUGCGCCCCGCAGUCUACGGAGCAUCGGCCCCAACCCACAAUACCUCCCCAUACUCUUCUAGCGGAGCAGCCAACUACGCGCCAAGACGAAGACACAGCAGCCCAAGUAUCGAGAAACAGGCGUCCCGCAUGCACCCUCGCGAGGGACCGGCACCGUGCGACUCUGGAUACUCAAGCCCAUCAUCAACCGAUACGCCAGUUCCCGACAAGAAAGUGCAUACGUCUGAAACGCGCACGCCUGAAAUGCGCACUACUACAGAUGGCAUCGAUACUUCAAGUGGGACAUGGAAGAGGUAUACCUUCGAGGUUUACAUCCACGAAAACAUGGAAGCCGCCGCACAAGCCAAGGGAGGUGUACCGUCAGGGACCCACUACCGCCAACCUAGCUCCACCUCACCCUCAAUACACCCCGCCGACCCCGCAUGCGGCCCCGCACAGCCUCUCCCCGCCGAGCAUGUCCGAAAAGCGGCGGAAUUCUACGGCAUACCAUACUAUCCUCCACCACCGGGCAGCAGCAUCCACCCCCACUCGCCGCCAAGCAGUCACCACCCCCAUUCGCCUCACUCGCCCCACGCCUCGCCGCCAAGGCAUUCAAGCUCAAGGCACCACCACUCGCCCACGCUCUCGCCGAGGCUGGUGUCGGAGCCGGUGUUUGUCUCGCCAGGACUGUCGAGGUCAAACACGAUGCCGACGUCGCACGCAGCUUACGCAUCACACCCAUCGCGGCCCCGGGAACGAGGGGAUCACGGCGGGUAUGGGUAUGCGCCGUCACUGGGCCGCAAUUCCACUUUCUCUAGUUAG